GUUUAAGAUCCAACGGUAGAUAUUAACCCUAUCUCUUCUAUAUUUAUAUCAGAUUACCUUCUCAAAACCCUUUCUGCUCACCCGGCCGCGCUUUGAACUCUCUUUCUCUCCAUUUCUUCGUUGUUCAGAGCUUUCUCUCGGCGAAAAUGGUUUUGCAAAACGAUAUUGAUUUAUUGAACCCACCAGCGGAACUUGAGAAGAAGAAGCACAAGCUUAAGCGUCUUGUGCAAUCCCCUAACUCUUUCUUCAUGGAUGUUAAAUGCCAGGGAUGCUUCAAUAUAACCACUGUCUUUAGCCACUCUCAGACUGUUGUGGUAUGCGGUAACUGCCAGACGGUUUUGUGCCAGCCAACUGGAGGUCGCGCUAGACUUACCGAGGGCUGCUCUUUCAGGAGAAAGGGAGACUAAUUAAUACAGCCCUCAAGGAAUUUUGUUCUAAAAGAAUCGGUGCGUUAGCAAUGGGAGGUUAAAAUGAACUCAUCUUAUGUCACUCAACUUUUAGUUUGCUGUUAUGUUUUAAAUAGUGGAUGAAGAAUUUAAAUCAAGUUAGUAACAGUAGCUGUUUGAGUUUUUGUUUUGAAAAGAUUCAGAUAUUUAUUUAAUCUCUGUAUUUGAGUGGCA